UCGGCUUCUCCGGUUCCCGCUCCCGGCUCCCCACUCGGCGCACCCCCUUCGGCCAUGGAGCCCACCCCGGAUGCGGCGGAGGCGCGCGGCGUGCGCGAGGCGCUGGGCCGCUACGAGGCGGCGCUGGAGGGCGCGGUGCGCGCGCUGCACGAGGACAUGCAGGGGCUGCAGCGCGGCGUGGAGCGGCGCGUGGCCGAGGCGCUGCGCCUGGCCGCGCCCCUGGCGCGCACCGUGGCCGAGCUGCAGCGGGACAACCAGCGGCUGCAGGCGCAGCUCGAGCGCUUGACGCGCCAGGUGGAGGCGCUGGGUCUGUCGGCCGGGCUGUCCCCGGCGCCCGGCUCGUCCAGCCCCCCGCCCGCGGCCGGGACUCCAGAUCGCGCACCACGACUGGGCACCGCCCGCUUCGCCAGCCACGCCACCUUCUCGCUGUCCGGCCGCAGUCAGAGUGUGGAUCACGAAGAAGUCAGUGAGCCAGAGACCAGAAGAGCCUCAAAUUCCUGCAUCAUGGAGAACGGGCACCAGCCAGCCACAGGUCCAGGGGAAGGACCUCCAGAGGCCGACCAGACCUCAGCACCAGAGUCCCCCAGGCCUCGUCCUGUGAGCCUCUCCUUGCGGCUGCCUCACCAGCCAGUCACUGCUGUCACCCGAGUCUCCGAGAAGUUCUCUGGGGAAACGUCUGCUGCGGCGCUGUCACCCUCAUCUACUGCCACCCUAGGUUUCAGCCCUAGUCCCAGCGAGGCCACUACCCUGUGGAUCCCCAGUCCCACUGAGAAGAAUUCCUGUUUCCCACGGUCACUGUCAAGCUCUGGGUAUGGGACAGUGACGGCCGGCAAGCACAAGGACAGCCCUCCACUGGUGACACCACCCCAGUCACCCCCAUCCCCUCAGCCACCAGCCAUAACUCAGACCCCUCGCCAAGGGGAGCGGCGCCGGGAGCUGGUGCGGUCCCAGACACUGCCCCGCACCUCAGGAGCACAGGCCCGGAAGGCACUGUUUGAAAAGUGGGAGCAGGACACAGCUAGCAAGGGCAGAGGGGAGACGAGGGCCAAGCUGAAGCGAUCCCAGAGCUUUGGUGUGGCCAGCGCCAGCAGUAUCAAGCAGAUCCUGCUCGAAUGGUGUCGCAGCAAGACGCUGGGCUACCAGCACGUGGACCUGCAGAACUUCUCCUCCAGCUGGAGUGACGGGAUGGCCUUCUGCGCCCUGGUGCACUCCUUCUUCCCCGAUGCCUUUGACUAUGACUCCCUGAGCCCCACGCAGCGUCAGAAGAACUUUGAGCUGGCCUUCACCAUGGCUGAGAACCUGGCCAACUGUGAACGCCUCAUUGAAGUGGAGGACAUGAUGGUGAUGGGCCGCAAGCCGGACCCCAUGUGCGUUUUCACCUAUGUCCAGUCGCUGUACAAUCACCUGCGUCGCUUUGAGUGAAAGCCGGGGAGACCGUGAGGCUGCCAUUCCCCCCAGGACGACCCUCCCCCCACAGAAGAAGAGCUGCCGGGAUCUGAGCUCACUGUGGAUCCUGGGGCGUGGUCUGGUGCCCUUCACAACGGCUGUGUUACUGAUUAAAAGUUUCACUGAUCUGGGCCGACAGUGCUGUCACAGCCAAGGGCUUGAAGGAAAAGGAAAAACUGCCAAAGAGAGACAAUGGUGCUAAGUAAUGAUCUUCUUAAGGAAAAAUUACGCUUGCCUGUGUAGAUUCCGGAAAGCGAACUUAAUGUUUCCCUCUGGUGAAUUUGAUACCUUAGCUUGACAGAGUUCCAUUGAUUACCAAGUGUUGUUUAUUUUUUUGUUUUGUUUUUUAUCAAAAUACCCAGCACUUUCUACUUCCUAACACCAUUGUAGGUCCCUCUCCUCCUUCCCUCUGACCCAAUGCCAGGAAACAGAGACUGCUUCAUCAGCAGUGUGACAAAGAAGAGCCAAGGCUAGGGAAGAAACAGUUGAAUCACACCCAGGUCCUGGGCAGUGGAUAACCUUCAAAUCACCUCUAUUCUGUGGGGGCUGAUGGGGAGGCUUUGCCUAGGUCCAAAAGGGCUCUGUUCCUGCCCAGCGGUCAGAUAGACAUAGAGCAUUCAGAUAGACAUAGGCUCUCUAGAAGUUAACACUAUGGACAGACCUAUCAAGCUGAGAAUUUCUUUUUUCUUCCUUUCUUUUCUUUCUUUCCUUCCUUCCCUC